GGCAGGGCUCCUCCUCUGUGCCCUCCCCCGCUCGUAUUCCCGGGUCCGCCUGAGGAAUGUAAACUAUUCAACAUGGAGACAGCAGUCAAUAAGCUGGAGGCUCUGUUCCAAAAAGCUGAAUCUGACUUGGACUACAUUGAACAAAAGCUUGAGUUUGAAAUACGGAAGAGCCUACCAGAUGAGUCGGCAGCUCAGGAAAACCCUACAAAAUUGUUGGAGCAGUUAGCCAGUGUGAAGUCACGAUUUAAAACGUUAUCUGCACAGCUGGACAAGAUUGCAACUGACCAACAGAAAUCCGUAGAGAGCAUUCAGCAAACAAUAACCAAUACACUGAAAAUUGUGCAGAAUUUGCAACAGCAAACAGAUUUACAGGUACCACCUUUGUCUGAAGAGGAACUUCAAGCUCUCCAACAAUUUGAAACCCUAGCAUUAAAGGGCAUGAACUUACAGUCAGCAAGUAUUACUACAAGAAAUCCUACAGACCCUUGA